GGCGGGGCCGCGCCCCGCCCCGCCCGGUCGCGGAGCGGUGGCGGCGCAGGGAGGGCCCGGCCCCGGGAUGCCACACCCCACCCAGCUGUACCAGCACGUGCCGGACUCACGCUGGCCCAUUGUGUACUCGCCGCGCUACAACAUAACCUUCCUGGGCCUGGAGAGGCUGCACCCCUUUGACGCAGGAAAAUGGGGCAAAGUGAUCAGCUUCCUGAAAGAGGAGAAGCUGCUGUCAGACAGCACGCUGGUGGAGGCGCGGGAGGCCUCGGACGAAGACCUGCUGGUGGUGCACACAAGGCGCUAUCUCAACGAGCUGAAGUGGUCCUUUGCCGUCGCGACCAUCACAGAGAUCCCCCCGGUCAUCUUCCUGCCCAACUUCCUGGUGCAGAGGAAGGUGCUCAGGCCCCUGCGGACCCAGACGGGAGGAACCAUAAUGGCAGGGAAGCUGGCAGUGGACCGCGGCUGGGCCAUCAACGUAGGCGGCGGCUUCCACCACUGCUCCAGCGACCGGGGAGGGGGCUUCUGCGCCUACGCGGACAUCACACUUGCCAUCAAGUUCCUGUUUGACCGAGUGGAGGGCAUCUCCAAAGCCACCAUCGUGGACCUCGACGCCCAUCAGGGCAACGGGCACGAGCGCGACUUCAUGGGCGACAAGCGCGUGUACAUCAUGGACGUGUAUAACCGCCACAUCUACCCCGGGGACCGCUUCGCCAAGCAGGCCAUCAGACGGAAGGUGGAGCUGGAGUGGGGCACGGAGGAUGACGAGUACCUGCAGAAGGUGGAGAGGAACCUGGAGAAAGCUCUGCAGGAGCACCGCCCCGACGUGGUGGUGUACAACGCGGGCACGGACAUCCUUGAGGGCGACCGCCUCGGCGGGCUGGCCAUCAGUCCACAGGGCAUCGUGAAGCGGGAUGAGCUGGUGUUCCGGAUAGUCCGCGGCCGCCAGCUGCCCAUCCUCAUGGUGACCUCGGGCGGCUACCAGAAGCGCACGGCCCGCAUCAUCGCCGACUCCAUCCUUAACCUGUAUGGCCUGGGGCUCAUCGGGCCCGAGUCUGCUAGUGUCUCAGCACAGAACUCAGACACGCCUCUGCUGCCCCUGGAGGUGCCCUGACCACACUGCCCUCUCGGAGGCUCCCCGCCUGCAGCCCGUCCACCCACCCACCAGCCUCCCAGCGCAUCUCCUCCUCCAGCCGAGGGGCCGGGGGCGCCUUGCACAGCUCCGCUCUCCCCCCGCCCCGGGUAUCGGGGACUCCGGGCCCCUCUGCAGAUGGGGCAGAGGGCAGGGCCUGAGUCCUGGCAGGACCCACAGGGGCACGGCCUGACCAGACCGCAGAGGUGGUGGUUCUCCCCAGAGGGAGGACACAGGUGGGGCUCCGGCGCAGGGGGCGCUCCUCAGGGUGGGAUGCUCCAGCUUUCAGCACAGCACGGCCAUUUCAGACUGAGGAGGCUUGCAGGAUCGCCCUCCUGCCUCUUCUACACCGUCUCCCCCUCCCGCCAGGGGUGGGGCGUCCAAGAGGGGGCUGAGCCGGGUCUCUCUGGGCAGGGAUUCCCAGGCAGCAGGCUCGAGCCCUGGUCCUGGAUGUGGGGUCGCGGGGAAGGCGUGCAGGUACCGGUGGGUCUUCCCGUCUGGCUUCUCCAUCAGUAAAGGAAGGGCUGGACCCGCUGUCCCUGAGCCCCUCCCCGCUCGUGGGAGGGUGGAGAGGGGAGCCUGCUCCACCAACAUCUUGCUUGUCCAGAGGGAAGGGCAGGCUCGGGGUUGGGGGGCGGGGGAUGAGCUCUGGGCUCAGGGACAGGACAGGCCUGAGCUCUGGAGGCCAGAGGGGUGGAGGAAACCGAGGCCCAGCCCAGGAGACCGUGGAGGGGCGGGUGGCCGGGCGGGGUCCCGCAGGCCUCGAGGCCCAGGUGGGGACUGCGGUGCUGGUGACGCCAGGCUGGGGUUGCUGGGGAUGAGCGGAGGGUCUCCAUCCUGGCCUGCAGCGGGUAGAGGGUUGGGGGCUGGGGUGAGGCCAGGUAGGGCUGCAGCCUCCACUGGCCUCCCUGAAAAUGUCAGGCCUGCCCUGUGUGCCUGGGGUCCCAGGUGGGCCCUGACCUUGUCACCGGCUCUGCUCUGAAGGGGAUGCUCUGGACCCCCCAGGAAGCCAGGGUGAGGGAGACAUCCAGCGCCCCACGGCCUGGCUGUGCUCUCGGAGAUCAGAGUUGGGGGGAGGGAAGGUGGGCCGUCCCUGAUCAACCCCCGUGGGGACUCUGCUCCUUGCCACCUGGGGGUGCCCUGAAUCCUCCCGCCUUCUCCCUCACACCCCGUCUGCUGUGGGGGUGGGGAGGGUCCCAAGAUGACCAAGUGUCACAAACACUUGGAUGCCCUGCCCCGCCCCCGCCCCCCGGUCUCUGCACCUAACACCCCUUCUCCUCCAACACGGGCCUGCGACCCCAGGGGGCAGGCGGUGAUGGGCUUGUGUCCGUGGAGCCUCUGUUCCAGAGAACCAUAAAGGCCCUUCCCAAUGCGA